UUUCAGCAUUCAGUGACGAAACGACCCAGGCCUGACUUUGCGUUUCCCGAAUCUUUCCCCGUGCUGCGAGCCUUCAGGAAGACAACUUUUCCCGAUAACCAGAAAGAUUUCCACACCUAGUCCGUCUGCUAAAAAACAUGAUGUUUCCAGUGCUACGGGGCACCUUCCUAUUGGCAUGGCUGUCUGUCCUCCUGUUAUCGCUUUUAGGUGGGCGUGGUUGCGACACCCUCCCGCUCAGCCAAAAGCACCCACCCCGCGUUAUCAGAUCUGACCCGGGGAAUCCUGGCAUUACCGAGGCGGCACAGGAGCUCGACGCACUGGAGCAAGCCGCCGAUGCCCAGGAUGGUGGAGAAUUGCAUCCAGCCCUCAAAGAAGUUGUGGGACGCUUGGUCGGGAUCACUACGGACACGCGGACCAGCGGAGCGGAUGAUCCCAAGAGGUCCAGGCGGUUGUGGGGCACUCCUCAACCCGCGGCUGACCAAAUGAAUCUAGGCUACACAUACGUCAAUUACGAACAUUCUCAGUGGGGUGAUUAUCUCUCCGUGUCGUCCUCCUCGGAGGCGGGGACCGACUCUUUGGACAACUACGACCAGCUCGGCGGAGGCAAGUUCAUCAGUGAGGUAAUUGACCCUUCUGUCACCCAUACCGUGUAUGGCAGCCUUCCCUCGGUGCACGACGGCUCAGACACCGGCGUUGAUGAUUCCAAAUGGACAGCUGCCCUGCCAGUGGGGGUACUAGAUUUCAAGACCUUCCCGCAGCCUUCAGACAAGGGAGCGGGGAGACCCACCUCGCAGCUGUUGGGUUCAGGGAUGGCUCAAAAUACUCAGGAUCCUUCACAAGAGCCUGGAGAGGAUUUAAUUGCAGGCGAGGCUGUUGACAGCUCCCGAAAUGCUCUCGACCGCCACUCCAUUCGCCAGGAGGACUCAUCUGUGGGCAACCUGCUCUCCUCGGUGCUUUCGGCAGAUGACGGCGACAGCUUGGCGCACAACGACCUGGGGAAAUCUUUCCUGGCUACUCCUUCCGACAGUGCAGAAAAGAGUGAAGAUACCAAUGGAGUGGAACGAGUCGCAUCCGCAGUUGUUGCGGUGAAAAGUGACGAAGACGCCAUAUCAGACCAAUUUGCCGUUGAAAAGGCUGUAGGUACCCUGUGCCUUGGGACCAGCAAAGACAGGAGUCAAGCAGACAUGACAGAAGAUGACAUCAUUGAUGACUUUCUAGAUUGGCUCUUCUCUUUCUUGAAUGACGUUGUGCUGGGCAAAGAAAAACUCCCGGUUCGAAAGCUGUGCUCCUAAAUUAGCAUAGUAAGAAGGCACCCACUAGCCGGGCCCACGAUGUCAGAAAUUCGACGUUUUGAAAUCUGCAUCUGAGGAUAUCCAUGGGUUCUGUUUUGCUGUUGGCAUCAGAGCUUAAGAUCUACCCCAAAAUGGUUUUCCAACACUGCAGUAAGAGGCUUUUUUCCUGCUUAAGUCACUCACCUCAAUACACUUGCCUGAGAUAAAUUGGAUUUGUACCAGGCGUUUGGGGGUAUUUUUGCUAAAAUUUUGAUUCGGGACAAAUCGAUGCUUUUGGAAGGCAUACAGUAAACCGGGCGAAUGGUUUGAGGACAGAAAGUUUUACAGGUUCCGUUGUGUGUAUGUAAAGGGUUUUAACCUGCUUCAAUUCACUCUACUGCGUUCAUUAAUUAAAAACAAUUGUGAUCUCACUUUGUAAACAUGUCUAAAUACUAUAAACACUAUUUUUGUGUCCAUUUCCUAAACAUCAAUGUCCAGUGGCUAAAUCCAUCAAAACUGUAAACACGUCUACAUAGCAUUUCAACAUGUUUACAAACUAAUAGCAAUGUGUAUUACAAAAGAGUGUUAAAUGGCUACCACAGUUUUUUCAGUGAAAUUCUUUGUAAUCAUUCAUUACACUCUGGAUCAUGAUUCUGGGCAAUUUUUUUAAAACUAAAUUAAGUCUGAGGACUAUUCCUCUGCGGACAGUGUCUAUACAUGACGUACACAGUUUGAGCUUGGGUUUAGACAUUAAGCCUAUAUUUAGUUAUUUAGACGGCCAGUAUGUACGUUUUAUUCGAAACUGAACUUACCUAUUUUUAGUGGAAACGUGAGUAAAGCUCGGACUGGACUGAUGCCACAAGGAAGGUUUGAGGUAACUUUCCCUAGCUUCUGGAUGCGACGUACCGUAAAUGGUUAAGGGAAGUACUGCUAGUUGUAAUCAAAGUAUAGGAUUGUGUUAUUCAUUUGGUGUGGAGUUUUAAAAAGUGUGUGGUCAAAUAUUUCAGUGUCUUGUGUGCGAGUUCAGAUUUCUAUCUGAAAUAAGGAACCUGGAACCUGUGAUGUGUUAUAAAAGGGCGUAGAAGUUCCAAAGUCACAGAUUAACAAUGAAUGAACGUGGCUCUAUUGGCAUCCUGUAACUAAUAAGCGCAAUGUAUUUUUUUAGCGGUUGACUGUCUGAUUUGCCCGUACAGUAAUGCUAAAUACAAAUAUACAUGUAUAAAGAAAUAUAUUACAGACACAAAGACCCGUAGAGUUCAGUAACGACAAUUGAAUCUAGACCUUUAAUUUUUUCUGUUUUUUAAUCAAGCCAUAGAUCAAGUCCUUUUUGUGCUGCCGUAAGGUGUAUUUGAAACUAUUUUUUGUAAAUGCAAGGACAACCGCAGAUUUUAGAUGUGACUAUAAAAUACCAGUGCGUUAUUUAUGUGGUCUCUGAAAUAAAGAUAACGGUGCGGAGUACUAAUUGAUAAAAAAAUGGCGUGAAGUCAUUUUGCACAAUUCGAGCAAUCAUAGAGGUGUUUACACAUAAACAAUAGAUGUUUUAUAAAAGUGACAAAAAGUAGUUGGUCAUUAGAGACACUGUCUCGUUAUCAGUUUGAGAAUAAUUCAUGAAGUCUUUCCACUUUCUUAACCGUAAAAGGCGAAGGAGGGCAUUUUCCUCCGAUAUCAUCGCGUUGCACUUUGGUCACGCACCGAGCCUUCAGAAGUUUUGAAGUAACAUCUUGUGGUCAUUUGGACAUAAAAUUUGUCAAACCGGACAUGCGCGGCUCCGGACGUUGCACAGCGCCCUUUUUUCUGAGAUAGUAGGUUAGCCAUAAACGUACAAGUUUUUCCUUGAAACGUGCUCAAUGCACAUGAGCUGACACGCGUCUGUGUGGCCAUGAACUUUCAAUAACCGUAAUAAAAAAACUGUAUGUCAAAUUGAGUUGAAACUUCACAUUUAGUUUGUACUGACAAUGAAUGUAUAUUUAUCUGUAGCCAAGUCAGUUUAAAAGGAUCGAGCCUGGGACAGCCAAGCGCUUUUGGGGGGAAGGAGGAUGGGGCCAAUAGUUACUUGGUCCGAAAAAGCCCCGCUUUUUUAGGGUUGGGUGAAUUAAUUUUGUAAAAAAAAAGGUCCUUCAGUGUGUAGUCCAAUCUACCUACACGCCUUAAACUGGGGGAUCUUUAGAGGGUUUGUUUGGUUUUAAACCCUUCUUCUUGGCUACCCUAAAUGAGGAAAUAAGAAAACAACAGACACUUCUUCUGAACCCCCCCCGGAUAUUCGCCUGGAAUAAAAACAUCCGGUUGAAAAGAAGGUCUGUGAUGUACAUUUCGUUGAUUUGUUUUUCGAUUUAAAAACGAAUGUCACACAACCAAACACAAGUCGUUUUCCGUCUUUCGUUUUGAAAACAAAAUAAAAAGUCGGAAAACGAAUGAACGAAACGUACACGGACCAAAGAGCCACACUGCAGUAGGGAGUACUCAUUUUGUUGGUAGCAAUGCGAACUUAACGCAUUAUCAUCCUUGAACCAC